AGACAUUAAGCAAUUAUUUCACCACUGCAAAGGUCACAGACUAGUGUGCUAGCUGUGGUUUAUAUACAGCAUCCUUGCCUUUUGACAAUGCCAAAAGUUUACUUUAGCUGAGAAUUUUCAGGCCAUGCCUGUUUCAGUUCAAAUAACACAUUUUUGAUAUUUUCUUUUAAGGUCAUGGGGAUAAUAGAUGCUGUUUUUAUUCAGUUGAAAAACUCUGUCUUCUUAUUUGGGGUUGUGACAGCGCUCCUGCUCAUCUUCUUCAUAGCUUCUUCAAUCUACAGUUCCCAAAGAAAUGGAAAGGAGCCUCCAAGAUCCAGAGCAAUUCCUUUGGUUGGGAAUCUACUGCAGCUGGACCUGCAAAAACUUUACUGGAGUUUCAGUACACAGAUGCCUCCGGGACCCAGACCACUUCCCUUGCUAGGGAACCUGCUGCACUUAGACCUGAAAAGACCUUACUACACAUUACUGGAGUUAUCCAGGAAAUAUGGAUCAGUCUUCACUUUGUAUCUGGGACCAAAAAAAGUGGUGAUUCUGGCAGGAUACAAGACGGUGAAGGAGGUGCUUGUUGACUAUGAUGAAGUGUUUGGAGACAGAAUUUCAUUGAAGGUUUUGGAUGAUUAUAGCCAAGGACAUGGGCUCUUGUGGUCCAACGGUGAAACCUGGAAGGAAAUGAGGCGCUUUGCACUGACUAAUCUGAGAGACUUUGGGAUGGGCAAGAGAGCAUGUGAGGACAAAAUAAUUGAGGAAUGUCAACACCUGAUUGACAUUUUUGAGAAUUUUAAAGGAGAAGCUUUUGAUACGACCCAUCCAAUUAACUGUGCAGUCUCUAACAUUAUCUGCUCCAUUGUCUAUGGCAGCAGAUUUGAAUAUAAUGAUCCUGAAUUUACAUCGAUGAUAGAUCGAGUGAAUAGAAAUGCUAAAAUUCUGGGCUCUCCUUCAAUACAGCUGUACGACAUGUUUCCAUCACUCUUCAAGUGGACUGCUGAUAGGAAGGAAUUCUGCAAACUGACUGAUGCCAGUAUGAAACAAAACAGAGCCAUCUUCAGUCGUUUAAAAGAGACUCUGAAUCCACAGGUCUGCAGAGGCUUUGUGGACGCCUUUCUGGUCCGGAAGCAAAAUCUGGAGGAAUCUGGGAUUACCAACAGUCACUUCCAUGAUGAUAACCUGAUGAUAACAGUCAUGAAUCUGUUUGCUGCCGGCACUGAGACAACAUCAACAACACUGAGAUGGGCACUUCUGCUUAUGGCCAAGUAUCCAAAGAUACAGGAUGAGGUCCAGGAGGAGCUGAGGAGGGUCAUAGGAGACCGACAGGUGCAGGUUGCUGACAGGAAAAACCCACAGUGAACCCACGUCCUCAUUUUAGGCUUGGGGGGGUAUCUAUACAACACUAAAACGUUUUUGCACCUGUGUGUGUGGAGUGAAGCUGUGGAAAAGACUAAGUGAAGAACUGAAGCAAUGUCCCAGCAUGACUCAGUUUUAAAGGUGGUUCAAAAAUAUGUUUUUUGCAAAGUACAGGGAGGAGGUAGGGCUCUAAUUGGGUGUUCUCACCCACUAUUUUCACAAUACCGUGGUGUAUAUAUGUGUGUGGGUUCAGAAGUAAGUCUGUAGAAGUGUGUGUGUGUGUGUGUGUGUG